AUGGCUCGUGACCGCUCUCGAAGCCGCUCUCCCCAGCGUCGUGACCGCGAGCGAGAAUAUGACUCGCGUUCGCGUAGAAGGGAUGAUCAUGACGACGAGCGCGAGCGUAAACGGCAUAGGACGCGGUCUCCGGAGCGUGAGGACCGGUCCUCGCGGAGAAGGGAGAGGAGUAGGAGCAGGGACAGAGACGAUGGCAAGAAAGACAAGAAGCGCAAACGUGACAAGUCCGAAGAGCGCAAAGCUCGCAAGGCCGAGAAGAAGCGGUUGAAGCAAGAAGAAGAAGCACGUCAAGUCGCAGAACUCAGCGUAUACUCCGCGACGGACAACCCCUUCCACGACGCCAAUCUCGGCCAGCAGUUCCGAUGGCACAAGAAAUCCGAAAAGGAGAAGAAGUCAGGUCUUUCUGCCGAUGAAGCUGCACGGCGCGAUGCUAUUCGUCGGCAAGAGGCCAAGGAAGAGUUAGACAGGUUGAAUAGGCGGCGAGCGGAGAGGGAGGCUGAGGCUCGGUUGAGGGAGGAGGAGGACGUGCGGAUGCAGAGGUUGGCCGAGAGCGCGCAGAUGGCCGAGUGGAUUGCCAAGGACGGCGACUUUCAGCUUGAGCAGGAGAGAAGGCGCGCUGCUAUUAGGAUCAAGGAAAAGAGGGCGAAGGCUAUCGACUUUCUUGCGCUCAACUUGCGCUAUGCGAAUCCUAUCGAUGAUGACGAGGACGACGAGGACGCGGAGGCCGCGAGCUUGGAGAUUGACUUGGAUGAGCCGUAUAAUAUCUUUGAUAACUUGACGGCCGACCAAGUCGACGAACUUCAUGAGGAUAUCCAGAGGUAUCUUCAGCUGGAGACUUCGAAUCUCAACCUGGAGUUCUGGACUAAUAUGAUGGUUGUCUGCAAGGACAGGAUUGAGCGUCUCAAGUCGGACGUGCGUCUCGGGCGAGAGGCAGCUGCCGCAGUAGAGGCAGAAGUGACUGCUUUGCUGAAAGGCAAAUCAUAUGAUCACCUUGUUACGCUGCAACGGCAGGUACAAGCCAAGCUAUCCAGUGGCGAGCCUAUCGACACGGAUUAUUGGGAAGGGUUGCUGAAGAAGCUACUCGUCUGGAAGUCCAAAGCAAAGCUGACGAGCUUCCACGAAGUCGUGGUCCGCAACAGACUAGAGCACCUUCGCAAACGCCAACGCGACGAAGCACUUCAAGCACAGGAAGAGCUACUCGAGGGUGUGGCUACGAACGCGUCGCGCGGCGUGAAGGUGGCGCCUGUGGCUGAAUCUGUGGAAGAUGCGCCUAUACCUUACGACCGCUCAAUGAGUCCUCCGUUGAUCAACAUCACUUCGCUCCCAUACGAUGAGCGGCAAGUCGAUAUCGUCCUUGAAGCGGACGAUCGACGUGAUCUAUUUGCCCAGCGGCGCGCAGUGACAGGGUCCCGCUUCAUCGCCAAAGCCGCUCAGCCUGCCCCGGUCGAAGCACCAGAAGAGCCUAUGGAAGCCUCAAGCAAUGCUGAUUUGGCGUCCGAAGCUCUAUACCGCGCAGAGGCAGAGCGUGAUAUGGACGAGGAAGAAGAACUCUUCAAUAUGGAGGAGAACAUCGCGAACCCGACAUCCUAUAAUUGGGAGGACAAGUACCGCCCGCGUAAGCCGAGGUACUUCAAUCGCGUGCAUACGGGCUACGAGUGGAAUAAGUACAACCAGACGCAUUACGACACGGAUAAUCCGCCGCCAAAGGUCGUCCAGGGAUACAAGUUCAACAUAUUUUACCCGGACCUCAUCGACAAGUCCAAAGCGCCGACGUACAAGAUCGUCAAAGAGCCUGGCAACGAAGACACGGUCUUGUUACACUUCAACGCGGGCCCGCCGUACGAGGAUAUUGCGUUCAGAAUCGUUAAUCGCGAGUGGGAGUACUCGCAUAAGCGCGGGUUCAGGAGCAGCUUUGACAGAGGGUGUCUAUCGCUCUGGUUCAACUUUAAGCGUAACUUCUACCGCAAGUAA